CGGGAAAGAAAAGAUGAAAAUCAUAUUAUUCCUUUCCCAACUUUUGGGAAUUUUAGUGAUGUGAGGGACGGUUAUAGGCUUUGGAGAGGGAACCAAGCUGUUUAAGAACCUUCAAUUAAGAAAAGCCAGAGAGUCUGAGUUUUGAGUGGAAGACGCUAAUGCUAAAAGAGAUAAGAAUGGAAUCUUAGAGAAAUGUGUAGUCAAAUCAAGGCGUGGCGAGAAUGGACUAAGCAACAAGUUAUAUAAGGUCGAAGCUAAUGAGUUUUACUUCAAUGAUGUCAUGAUUCAGUGCAGAGAGGUCGGAAAUGGAGUCUGAGGUGUCAAAUUUACAGCCAAGAAAUCUGUACAUAUAGAACAAAGCACUAUCCUACUAUCUUCAAUCCAUUUCGAAGCAGAUGAGGCUAGUUUUAUCUUGGGAGCAAACUCUGCACUGUCUACUUCAGGGCUAUCCUUCCUUGGUAAUGCUGGCUCAAAGUACUAUUUUGGAGCAAGCUAUGCUGGCCAAGGUGGUGUUGGGAAGUACGAUAAUUUCGAAGGUACAUAUGGUAACUUUUCUCAAGAACCUGAUGACUCCUACCUUCAUAAAGACCAGAUGGGCUCAAGUGGCAGAAGAACGAACUUCAGAGGAGGGGGUGUCAUUAUUAUCAGAGCUAACAAAGGUGAAAUCCGUGGCAGAAUUAUGGCUGAUGGUCAUCCAAUCACUCCUAGCGAGGAAACUGAAGACUAUGAGGCUGGAAGUGGAGGGUAUAUUUACAUUAACUGCAAAGCUUCAUGAAAAUUCAUCACAGGACAAUUGAACCAAACUCAAGCUAUUAUUUCAGCUAACGGAGGUUUUGGAAAUGAUAUUGUCAGAGGCUUAUCUGGAGGCGGAGGAAGAAUAGUUUUAAAUAACGUUAAUGUCGAAUACUUAGAAAGGGUAAAAGUUAGUGGGGGAUGAGCAACUCCUCAAGGCUCAUCCUUAAUGAAUGGGGCAGGAGGAACUCUAUAUUUACUCAAUUCAAAAGUUCUUUAUAUCAAACAUACAACUAGAUGCCGAUCUUUGCUCAGGACAAUAGUUGACCCACAAGAGAUUUUUGACCAAGGUGUAACUCAUAUUUAUGUACAAGAUAGAGGCGUUAUGGCCUUUACUACUAAAGCUAUUGAUUUUAAAGACAAGAGGAUUUCUGCAACUAUCAAUAAUUUAUCUCUGGUUAAUGGUAACCUCACAGACCCAGUCCCUGUUGAAGGAAAAUUAAAACACUUGGAAUUGGAGAUAAAAGGGAGUUUGAUACUAGAAGAAGCUACUAUCCUAAAUCCAGCUCUAGUCUGUAAGAUUACGAGCUCAAACUUGAAAAUUGGUCAAUUUUCUUCAAUAAUGUACGGAGAUAAAUCCUUAUGGUUAAAUGUGACAGGGUCAUUUAACAUUUUAGGAAAUAUUUAUCCUUUCAAUUUAAACUAUGGAGAAGCUGGAACCACUCCGACAGUGUAUAUUAUUGCAGGGGUACAGCCAGACGGGUCUGACCCUCCACAAGGAGCUCAUAGCUUUAUCAUUCAUAAUACUAGUUCAGUGAUAGGCAAUUACAUUCAGAUAUUCACUGAUGAAGAUAUGAUAAUCAAAGGAAAUCUGAAUAAUUAUUACAGGGAUAGAGACAAUGAGUGGAGAAUAGUUCAAUCAUGUCGCUUAGUCGACUCAGACCUUUACAUACAAAAAGACGUCUUCAGAUGUGUGCGUCAGUACCACACCACUAAAGUGCUUAAUCAUGAUUUUAUAAUUGAGAGAUUUAACAAACAGUUUAAUGAGACAAGUCCAGCGAAGAAAUUCAGUGAUCUUUUUGAAAAAAUGACUAGGGAUUUCAGCAUCUAUAUCCAAUCUUUGAAAAAUAUCCAGAUCGAAGGGAACAUCACUGGCAAUAGGCUCGGGUUUUGAGCCGAAAACAUGAUUAUUACAGGAAUCAUUAACGCCACUGAGGCUGGAUGCCCACCAAGAAGAGGGAAUGGGACUGCCAUUGCAAUAGAUUGCUGCAAUCACGGUGGUGGAAGUUAUGGAGGUAAAGGAAGAAGUGGAACUCCCAACACUAAUGAUAUUCGGUGCCAAGAAACUCAAGAGACUUGUGACAAAGGAGUCAGGUCUCCCUUCGGAAACAGGGUUGAUAUGGUAGCCUUCCAAGGCUCUGGUGGAGGCGGUCCGAACGGAGCAAGUGGAGGUGGUGCAAUAUGGCUCCAUACCAGUGAUACAUUGACAAUGGAUGCUACCAUUGAAGCUAAUGGAGGUAAUGCAAGAACAGUUCAAGAGUCUAGUUAUGGUGAUGGAGGAGGGUCUGGAGGUGCUAUUAGCGUUACUACUAGUAAAAUUCUGGCAACUCCCGAUACAGUUUUGAGUGUAGCUGGAGGUUUUGGCAACUUUGGAGGAGGCGGUGGAUCUGGAGGAUGGAUCUACGGUAUUAUCAUAAGGCCAAAUCCAAGAUAUGUUAACACAAAUUAUACAAUUGGAUGGAAUGGUAUCUUUAAUCUCAGUGCUGGACUUAAUUAUAACAGAAAACAACCUUCUAGAGUACGGAAACUUCAAAAAUCAUAUGAUCCUCAUAUUGGGAGUGUUGGCCAUGAUGAGUGACCAGAAGGAAUGGAAGGAGUAUUCUGAACUCCUUGAACAGUAGGGUUUUAUAAAGAAAACAGAAACAAAGGUUUAUGAAAGCCAUGUGCUCGAAAAACAGAGAACAUUCUGUUUGAAUUUCGCCCAGGGGAGCAAACUUCUGAAAAUUGAACUUACCAAUGAUUCCCAUCAUUCCCUAAUAAGUCAAGAAAUCCGAAUUGUCUAAGCCCCUUCAGCUGGUUCGUCUAUAGAAUGGGAGGUUGGGUUUCGUUUGCAAUUAUCAUUUCCUUCUUGAUCAUAAGUAUCUUCUGCUUGUGGGUAUAUACUCGUAUGAACGCAAUUAAAAGAGAAAAGAACAAGACCAAAUAUUCCUUCAACAAUCUCGAGCUCAAUGAUAAAAGAAAGAUUUUAGAGGAUGAUGAAUUCACAACGGCAGAUUUACCCUUCCAGAUCUGUAGGGCAUAUUUCAGAGGGACUAAUAUCCUUGGAAAUCAGUGGACAAUUCCAUUAGAUCCUCCUGCAAAGUUAAAGAAUCUGGUGUAUAAUCCUGCUUAUGAGGAGUUCACAACACAGCUGAAUAAGACUUCUACUUGGAAGAAGAAAGAGAGAUACUGCUACUACCUCAUUGCUGUCCUGUUUCCACCAUUCCUUCCACUUUAUGUGACCAGAAAUAGGAAAAAGAAAUUUAAAAAGUUGAGAGUCGUAGCUGCUGAUAUUCAGAAAGGAAUUUGGCUGAACAAUAGUGAGAAAAGAAGGGUGAACCAUGUGGCCAGGACUAUCAAAAUCAGUGCAUCAUCGGACUAUACGAUGGCUUAUAUGGACUUUUUGGACCUUGAGAGGGAUAGAGAGAUAUAUAACGGCCCAACCUUACCUUUGACCUUCCAUUUAAGCGGAGAUGGGUCCUUUAAUUCCUCAUUUAGCCUUUCAUACAGAGAUUGAUUGAUCAGAAGUUUGUCAUUGCUAGAUAGGACAGAGAAUUUCAUUGAAAUUUACAUUGAAAACCUCAACUCAAUCCUGAAUUCACUGAGUUUCUUUGAGUACCUACACUUCAGUGAAACCAAAUUUUGGAAUCUCAUAAAGUUCCUCCAUACAAACAACAAAGGGAUCCUGAAAAAGAGAGGGAUCAAGGCUGAACUAGCAAUUUUGGAGUACAAAAACAUGGGCAAAAACACUGUCAAGGAGAAGGGAGAUAAGACGAAUUACAAGGAAAAUUCCCAGACCUAUAUCAUGCAUUUCGAUUUUCUCUCAGCUAAUCCACAAACUGUCAGCCAUAUGGUGGAGUACUGAAGAUAUGAGAUGUACACCAGGAAUACGGAUAUUAAGCUAGCCAUUGUGUUUUCGAAGCUAGACCAGUCAACUAUCGUUCGUGUUACUGAUGAUGUGGAUAUUCAGGCAUAUUCCCCUUCAACUAAUAUCCAAAAUGAAAAUCUGGCCAGUGCAAACGGAGGAUUUAACAACUCAACUAAAAUUUCUGAUGCCUCUGGUCCCAAGUUCUUUAGUAGUAGAGAAGAGCAGUCCGAUGAUAGCGAUGAAGAGGAUUCUGAAGAAUUUGACAAAAUGUUUUCAGGCUUGAAGUCGAAAUGGGCAGAACCUUUUCUUAUUAAGCCAAAAGAAAAGACUAAGAUUCAGAACUCUGAUAAUUUCUCUAUUACUGAGUCUAAUAAUAGUCAGGGUUCUUACAGCCCAAAUAAGGUUAAGAUUGAAGAUUAUGAAGACGACGAGCAGCUUGCAAAAAUGUUGAAUGAUGAUAACCCAAUCAAUGAUUUUAAGCAUAGAAGACAUUCGAGAGGAUGCUGCUUUAAAUUCAAGAUUUCAAUAGUGGCUUUCUUCAAGUUAGCAUUCUUGAGAAACAGUCUCCCUCCAAAGUAUCCAAUCUUGAAUCUCUCUAUGAUGAUAAUUUUGCUAUUUUUGGACAUAGCAUCAGCAAUAAUGGUAUUCCUGCUGUAUGAACAGAAGGAAGGCUUCGCUGCAACAUUAGUACCUUUCGCUUUCAUCUACCCUCUGACGGUGGUUAUCUCCCCUCUGGCUGCGUGAGCGAGUAUUUUCGUAUGUAAGUCUUCAUUCUAUCGGAUAUUUAUGAACCUUAAUGCUCUAACCUGCUGUACUAAUAUCUUCCUCACACUCAUGGUGGAGCUAGUCAUGGUGCUCUUUGUCGACACGAGCAGCCAGCUAAGAAGCAGCCAAACUAUAGAGCCUAUCCUGCUCUUGUUAGGUAAGAUUGCCUUGAAGAUCACGAUGUCAUAUCUUGCUUGCAGACAACUGGCUUUUAAUGACAACCAAGAUUUUUGGAGGAACAGAGAUAUUUUGGAUGAGAUUUAUAAAAAUGUCAGUAAAGAAGGGACUAAAGAUUAUGUCACUGAUAUGUUUAAAGCAGAAUCUGAAGAUGAAUAUUAGUUAAUUUUAUGACUUUGAUUCAAUGUAU